UGGCAGCCAUGGCCAAGGAGAGCGACGCGUUCGAUCAUCGCUUCAAGCUCCUUCUCACAGGAGACAGUGGUGUUGGCAAGUCAAGCAUUCUACUUCGAUUUACGGAUGAUUCCUUUGCUACGGAUCAGCCUGCCACCAUAGGGGUUGAUUUCAAGGUCAAAUCAAUCGACGUGGAAGGGAAGAAAGUGAAACUGACGAUCUGGGACACAGCCGGGCAGGAGCGUUUCCGCACUUUGACUAGUAGCUAUUACCGUGGUGCCCAGGGCGUUAUUCUUGUUUACGAUGUGACUCGCAAGGAAACGUUCGAGAAUCUUGAGCAGUGGUUGAAAGAGGUGGACAUGUACACAAACCGAGACGGAGUUGUCAAACUCUUGGUGGGCAAUAAGAUCGAUAAGGCAAAUCGCGAAGUGACUCGUGCGGAUGGAAUAGAAUUCGCUCGAAAUCGUGGGAUGCUAUUCAUUGAGUGCAGUGCAAAAGCGAAGACUGGAAUUCAGCAAGCGUUCGAGGAACUUGUACAAAAGAUCUUAGAUUCUCCACAUCUGGUUAACAACGAGGUCUCGGGGUUGAAUCUUGCCUCUCGAGGUACCCAAGGAGCUAGCAACUGCUCUUGUUGA